GUCCUCCUUUCUUUGAACGCACCAGUUGCUCGCUGUGAGCUGAGCUCACCGCGUCCAAACGCUCAUUCACACCAGCGGCACAGAAAGAGCAGCAGGAGAAGAAACGACGCACGUCUUUUAUUUUUUUUAUUUUUAAUUGUCGACCAGGAUACGUUAGUUUGAUCGAUUUCCUCCGGAAUAUCUAGUCCUCGUGCCUUUGAGUGACCGCUGUCCCCCAGAUGAAGCGACCCAGCAGCGUUAUAUAAGGCGGAUAACGGUCCGAGAUGAGAGCGCGUGUCUGACAGCGGAGCGGCAACAGAAGUCCGCCCGGUGCUGUUUGCUCCUGUGUCUAAAAGGCUUAAUUCAUUCAACCGAAGCGCUAACAUCGCACAGGAAGCCGCCUCUGUCGUCAAUGCUGCUCCAUCAACUGCGCUGUCUGAUUUACUGUAAGCUAGGCGGCUAACCUGCCGCAGAAGAGCCGUGUGGAUACAGCAGAAAGAUGAACGCUCACAUUAACUCCUAGAAAUCCUUCCUGGAAUUGGUGGUUAACAUUUCCAUUUUGAGCUUUAAUUACAGCCUCUAAUAAUUUUAUUUUUUCAUGAGAGAGUUCUGAGCGCAGAGAAUGGGCCCAUGUCUCAAUUUGGAAAACAAAGAAUUAGGCGCAUGAAGAGUGGAUAAGCUCGUUAGAUAAGCUCCCUUUAUUGAGCCAACAAGCCCGGUCAGCCUGGACUCCUUCUAUCCCUCUGCUGGAGGCAUCUCUCCCGGCUUUUAUCCGCUCUGUUGUCACACCGACGCACCGAGAUGGGCGGCGAAGCCAGGGGCCCCGGGCCGGUAGAAGUAGAGCCCAUGCCGGGGUACUGGGAGCUCCUCUCUAGAAGCUCCAGCGUCAUGCUGAGCGCAUGGAGAGACUGUGACCGCUGCGGUUUGGAGCUCUCCAAACAAACGCUCCUGGAUAACGCCUACUUCACCUGGACCGAAAUAGCCCUGUUUUUCUUUUGCGCCUUUUUGUGGACGAUCAUCAGGAAGGGAUUGACAGAAAGUCUGUUUAAGCCUCUUGCACAGUGGUGCAGGCUGCUGCCCAAAGAUGCUGCCAAGAUGCCAGAGAGUGCGUGGAAGCUGGUCUUCUACACCAUGUCGUGGUCCUACAGCACCUACCUGCUCUUCUUCUCCUCCUACUCCUUCUUCCAUGACCCACCCUCUGUCUUCUACAACUGGAAGAGUGGUAUGACAGUGCCUACAGACAUCGCCAUAGCCUACCUGAUCCAGGGCAGCUUCUACGGCCAUUCCAUCUAUGCCACCGUCAACAUGGACACAUGGAGGAAGGACUCUGCCGUCAUGGUGGUUCAUCACAUCAUCACUCUGGCUCUAAUUAGCUUCUCCUACGCCUUCAGGUACCACAACAUAGGCAUCCUGGUGUUAUUCCUGCACGACAUCAACGAUGUCCUGCUGGAGUUUACCAAGCUUAACGUCUACCUGAAGUCCAGAGGAGGUGGUUAUCAUCUGAUCAAUGAUGUGCUGUCCAACAUGGGCUCCGCCAGCUUCAGCAUCACUUGGUUCUGGUUCCGGCUCUACUGGUUCCCUCUAAAAGUGCUGUAUGCGACGUGUGUAUCCAGCAUCCACUCUGUCCCCAACAUCCCCUUCUACUUCUUCUUCAAUGCUCUGCUCUUCACCCUGCUGCUCAUGAACAUCUACUGGUUUCUGUUCAUUGUGAUUUUCGUGGUGAAGUUGCUGAAGGUAAAGGAGGUGAACGACGUCAGGGAGUACGAGGACGAGGACGCUAGGAAGGCAGCAGAGGAACUACUGAAAGAUCCACAGGCAGUAAAUAAUGAUAACGAUGAUGCUGGACAUCAUAACUUAGCUCAGAGAAAGCACGUACAGAACGGGGUUACCAAGGACAAGUAUCUAUAACAGGGCUCUCCACCAGUGCCAUCAUCUGGCUCUGGUCUGCACCCGCAGGCCCUCCUCGGACAGCAGUCGUUCAAAAACGUGACCGAACGUGGAGAGCAUAACAAACAUGAAACAACAGGAGGAAACAAGAAAAGGGAGGGAAAGUUGGGUACAAUCAGUUUUUGUUUAGUUUUUGUUUUAGAGCAAUUUAUUUUCGGUUUUAUUUUAUUAGAGCACUGUGAAUGUCAUUUCAGCUGACUUUCUGUCUUACUGUUGUCAACUUAAUGUAUGAUAUAGACCUAGUGGAAACGAGGCUUUUUAAGGGAGGAACAGGCUAGACCCGUUCUGAUUUCUUCGAAUAACCUUUGGGAACCAAGGGAACAAGCAACAGCCGGAUCAUGUUGGGGUUAUUUGUUGAUUCCUUCUCCCCUUCCUUUGACUUCCAUCCAUCUGGUCUGAUUUAAUAUAUGAGGAUUAUCAAUGCUAAUCCUUUAUCUGCUUCCCAGCUUCCUGCAUCCCUUUGUUUAAACUGAGAAGCAAGUGCAUCAUUUGCAUGUUCCAGGAUGUCAAGAGCGUACCUGCAGCUUUUAAAGCAACAGACAUCCUUUAUUUCAUAACACUUAUCUCGGUGACUUAAGAUCCACAUGAACUUUGAAUAUUGCUUAGAUUCCUCUAUGGAAAGUGCUGCUUUUCUUUAUUUUUGUCGUUUUGUCUCUUUAGUGGCGUGGUAGCAUCUGUUGCUGCACUGACAUGAAGGCAUACAAGCUUAUUGCUGGUUUUAAUGACAGCAAACAGCUAGAAUUGAUUGACUGGGUCUGCACAUGUUAUUCUAAUUUAAUUUGUUUGAAAGAGAUUUUAAAUCAUGUUUAUUGUCUCCAGGUGGCGAAUGAUGAUGGAAAAGCCAUCAUGAUUAAAAAUCCAAUAUAUGCACUCGCUCUAGUAUUCAGGAAUGCAUGAUGUCAGAAUGAUUUCGAAAACAUGCAAUGUGUUUUUCAAAAAUCUCCUAUCCUUCUGAUCUUAACUUUAGAGCUGAUUGCUACAGCUGAUCCCAGAAUUAGCUGAAAACUGAACGUACAAAUCAGUGUUUUACAUAUUCUCCAAGCGGCACCUAAACGCGUCUUUUAGAUAAAUAUGAUCAAACAUACAUGGUAGGGAAAAUAAGUAUUGUCAGUGUUCUCAGCAAAUGAACUUUUAAUUGUGUUACUGACAAGUAAUUCCCAUUAUUCCAAUUUUAUAAAGCACUUUAAAGAGCCAGCACGGGACCUAGAUAAUACACAGUUAAAGGUAUAGUGGAGGUUGUUCUCUUUCUGGGUGGAUCAUCAAAAAAUUUAUCCUCCCAAUUGUCAAUAAUUCUGGUGAUAUGUUUACGUAAGGCCUUCCUACAUGCUCGUAGUGGUGACAUAGUUGAAAAAUAGCAAAUCGUCUUUUGGAAAGUAAGCUUGUAUGAGCGAUGCACAGGAACCUUUAAAGAGCGAGCACGAGGAGAAAUGGGCUCCAGCAUGCUCUCACACACGUUUCCCACUCGGGAGCGGGUACAGGGUUGUGCAUGUGCUUUUUUUUCAAAGUCAAGAGGUCAAAAAUUCACAAAAAUCCUCCACUAUACCUUUAAACAGAAUUUAGAUUUAAAAAAAUGUAAUAAAUAACAUUAUUUUAUGGACUGAGCAGUCCUCUGGUCAUUUUGGGUGUGCAAAGCUUGAAUGGCCAAUUUAGAAAACACAAGAAAACAACUGUAUAUAAAAAAACAACAAAACAAACAGCUAAAAUAUCAACUAAAAACUUAAGGGUGCACUGAUUGCAGUUUUCUGGCCUAUCAUUGAUCUUUAUUUUUCUUAUAUCUUAACACUUUCAGAUGUCAUUGACAGAUUUUAGGAAUUUGUUAAGGUAGAUAAGAUGAGAUUGGUUUCCCAUAUACAUAUCAUCUGACUCCAGAUAACACAAAAUCAAAGAAUCAGAGCCAAUCACCCAAUGCAGACGAAACAGCUGAUAUAAAAAUGGCUUCAAACCAACUUCACAGGGUGUCAAAUGCCAGGCUCAAAAAUAGGAUUUUAGGAAUAGUAAGAGAAAUUAUUGAACACAAUGAGACAUCAAAGGCACAGAAAUCCCACAAAAACAACAGAAAUCUGUAAUGAUUUUAAAAUGAAGGUCUGUAGCUAUUGGUGCAACCUAAUUCUGGUUGGUUUAGUCCUAAUUAAAGGCCUUUUUUUUUAGCUGUUAUUACCAAAGUACCAAUAGUUGUCCUGAUUACUGCAAUACAUGCUGAUUACAUCUGUUACAGACGAGGGAACCAAGACCUCCAGAGCGUCUGUCUACUUACUCCAUACAAAGCAUAUCUUGAAGUUAAAAUACCAAAACAGGCUUUUAAUUAGAUUUCAGAAAAUAAGUAUUACAUUUAUUCACACAUAUAACAUUUUAGCUACUUACUGAUAUAAGUAUGAUUUGUAAAUGAAUAUGUUUGGAUGUUCUUUUACGUUUGUUGCUGACUUCUGGUGGGAAUCGCGUGUCAGUAAUCACAUUAAUAGUAUAUGCACUGUGAUGAUGCUGCUGCUGUGUUCAAUACUCAUUUUCCCAACUGUAUAAGAUGCACUUUCAACCAGAUAAAAUUGGAUUUAAAUUGUUAUGUCAAAACAUUAACUAUAAAUUGAAAACCUAGGACAAAGCAGAUUUUUUUUUUUAAGGUGCCCGCUUGUUUACUGCAUGUGUGUUGAAGAAAAAAAGGAAUGUCUACCUUCUCGAUCAAAUUCCAGCUCUUGUUUGGAGGAACAGCAUGCUUGUGCUGCCUGAGCAGGCCGCAGAUGUUAGGGGUGGGGUGGACGGGUCUGUUCUCUUUUGUUUCUGUCUUCCAUCGUCCUCAAAUCAGUGUUUCAGGAAACAAUCGAAGCUACCUUAUAAUUUGUCUUCAUAUGAUGAAUAUCGUCGCUGUAGUUAAUUUUGUUUUGUUGAAUCGCUACUGUUUUUAUCUGAGAGAAUUGUUUGUAUUCUAAAUGUUAUAUAUUUUUUUCCUGCUGAUGUCAGUGACAGUCAUGUUUAUCAGGGGACCACUGCUCACCUUUAUCAUCUGUUCCUGUCUAUCAUGCUGAUUUUACUGUAGUACAUCUGGACUGCAAACACCUCGGUGUGUCCGACAUGUUCAUCUUCCCGCUCAACUCUGAUACUCUAAUUUAUUUCUUGUAAUGACAGCGAUGGUAGCUGUGAGUGUCCGUAACCUUGAAAUCUGCGAUGAUCUGGAUGAUCCAGCACGGUUCGUCACACUACAUCAGAGGGCUAUGACAGGACGAACAACAAACUUUCUCUUAAAGAGGGCUCCACUUAUCUAGAUGAAGUUGUUUACAUCUUGGUUUUCAUCCCUAUAAAGCCUCAGGGUUUGUUGGCUUUUGUGGACAUUUUUAAUCAGUAGGGUUUUAACCAAAAUAUUUUAAAAAUCAUUGUCCCCCUUUUUGAGGCUUUGAGACACUGACAUUAGCAGCUGCUAGUCAGGAUGUGCAAAAGCCUUAAAAUAAAGCAGUCUUUUAUUGUAAAUGCUUUUUUAAAUCAGAGGUAAAAAAUGUAUCCAUUUAAAUAAAUGUUUGAACCAGAAAUACCAGUCAAAAAGUUCAAAAUUAGAUAAUUUCUCUUUAUCAGAGUCCAUAAAAUGUUUAGUUUUUAAAGAACCCCUACUUCCCUGCACAAAAGAUUCAGAAUAAAUCCUCCACGCUGCUUUAUAGCAAAUGUUUGGUGCUUUUCCCCAAAGUCACUCUUUGAUUUAUGCUACCAAUGUUGAGUUGUGAUUCACCCUAAGGUGCAAUGUUAGUCUCAUUUGGUCAAACUAGUUUGAAUUAGUUUGUUAGUUUAUUUUUCAACAUGAUCGGAAAAUAAAGAAGUGAAAGAAACAGAGAAGUAUAACAGAAUCAUCUAUUCUAUGGAGUUUUCCCACUUUAUUAGAGCUCGAUGAUAUGUUCCUAAUGGGACCAACAAAAGUAAAAAUUUAUUGAAACUUUGAUCAGAACCUCAAUCAUCAGGCAUUAGUUUAGAGUCAUAUCCUGAUAUAACAGAAAAGUCUGAUUUACCAACAACUACUCCCUAGAAACUUGAAAUAUUAAUAAUAUACAACAAUACAGUAUUAUACAAGAUUUUUUUUUCCCCACUGGAAAAUAAAAGCACUGAAAUUAAAUGUUGGAGAAUUUGAAUAUUUCCAGUGUAAGAUUUUGUUGCUGCAGUGAAAGGUACAUUUAUUUUAUGGCUUUCUAUACAUCUUUACAAGGGGGUGCUAAUAAAGUGACCAGAAAUGUAAAUGCUUAGAAAAUCACAGCAGAUGAUUUAAAACAAAAGAAAAAC